AUGAUUUACUGUUUCGUCUCUCUCUCUCACUCUCUUCCUUUCUCUGUCUCUUUAUUGCCCUUUCCGUCUCUCACUCUCCCUCCCUCUCUCUCUCUUCCUCUCCGUCUCUCAACCUUCCCUCUCUCUUUUUCCUUCCCUCGUUCCCUCUUUCCUUUCCCUCCCCGUCUAUCCCUCCGUCUCUCCGUCUCUCUAUCUCUCGCUCCCUCUCUCUCAUUCUCUCUCCCUCUGUUUCUAGCUAUCUCCCCUCUCCUCCUCCAUCUCACCCCUCUCUCCCUUCUUUCUUCCUCUCUCUCCCCCUCCCUCUAUCUUUCUCCCUUCCUUCUUUCCUCUCCCUCCCCGUCUCUAAACACUCCGUCUCUCCCUCACUCUCUCCGUCUCUCUAUCUCUCCCUCCCCUCUCUCUCCCUCUGUUUCUAGCUAUCUCUGCUCUCCUCCUCUAUCUCGUCUCUCUCCCCCUUCUUUCUUCCUCUCUCUCUCUCACUCUCUUCCUUUCUCUGUCUCUUUAUCUCCCUUUCCGUCCCUCGCUCUCCCUCCCUCUCCGUUUCUCCCUGCCUCUCUCUCUCUUCCUCUCCGUCUCUCCCCCUCCCUCUCUCUUUCUUCCUCAUUCGUUCCCUCUUUCCUCUCUCUCCCCGUCUCUCCCUCCCUUCCUCACCCCGUCUAUCCUUCCGUCUCUCUAUCUUUCCCUCCCUCCCUCUCUCUCCCUCUGUUUCUAGCUAUCUUCCCUCUCCUCCAAGGGUCUCCCUCUCUCCUUCUUUAUUCCUAUCUCUCAAAAAAAACUUCUCUCUUUCUCCCUUUCUCGUUCCUUCUUUCCUCUCCCUCCCCGUCUCUACCCCCCCUCAGCUCCAAAAAAAUUCACUCUCUCCGUCUCUCUAUCUCUCCCUCCCUCUCUUUCCUCCCUUCUUUCUUCCUCUCCCCCUCUCUCCCUUCUUUCUUCCUCUCCCCCUCUCUUUCUUUAUCUCUUUUGCUUUCACAAAGGAUAUUUAUACUCUUUGACGAAGAAGUGUUUAUACGCGCUUGUUUUCAUAAUUGGUUUUCUGAUGCUUUUAUAACUGUCCUCAGGGGUUGUCUUCAGAUCUUCAUUUUAUCAGCCAAUCCCAGCGCUGUUUUUCCUUCAACACGAAAGAGAGAGAGAGAGAGAGAGAGAGAGAGAGAGAGAGAGAGAGGGCAUAAAACUAUAAAACAAAUUCCAAUACUUGUUGAAUCUAUCUAUCUAUCUAUCUAUCUAUCUGUCUGUUAUCUAUCUAUUUCUCAGUCUGUUAUAUAUAUUAUCUUUCUCAUCUAUCUAUCUAUCUAUCAUUCAUCUAUCUAUCUAUUCUAUCUUUUUUAUCUAAUUCUCUUUUUACUUUCAUCCAAUUCUCUUUCUUUCUUCCAUUCUACCAAUUCAUCUAUCUUUAUCUAUCUAUCUAUCUAUCUAUUCUAUCUAUCUAUCUAUCUAUUCAUCUGUUCAUAUCUAUCUGUUCUCUCUAGUCUUUUCUAUCUAUCUAUCUAUCUAUCUAUCUAUCUAUCUAUCUGUCUAUCUAUUCAUCUAUCUAUUCAUAUCUAUCUAUCUAUCUAUCUAUCUAUCUAUCUAUCUAUCUAUCUAUCUAUCUAUUCUUUCCUCACCACUUAA